AUAUGGGCGUGUGAUGGAAGUCGUCUCUACGUCAUUGGUGGGCUCAGUGAGGCGCAGCAGCAUUUGCAGAGUGAGGAGGAGGAGGUUGUAAGCGCUGUGCUCGCUGCAGAUGUGAAACAAGUUUGUAGCUUGUUUUAACUAUACUUGUAUAUUUAAGAUGGGGGCACUCCUUUCACGGUGGCGGGAAAAGCCUUCUACUGUUGAAGUUUUGGAGAAGAUGGAAAAGGAUAUUCAGUCCUUGGAGGAAUUUCGUGAUAAAAAUCAAAAGCUGCGGAAGAUAUGGGUUGGAAGAUUGCUAAUUUAUUCUGCUUUUCUUUACAUUUUGACAUGUUUCAUUGUUUAUUUAUGGUACCUUCCAGAUGAUUGGGCAGCAAGACUUUUUAUUAUACCUCCAUUUUUAAUAUUUCCAGUAUUAAUAUGGUUUUCUAGAACACUCCUGAUUCUGUGGUUUUCCAAAAGAACAGAACGAAAUAAUGAUUCACUUGAAGAUUUAAAAGCACAAAAGAAAAAAAUACUUGAAGAGGUGAUGGAGAAAGAAACGUACAAGGCUGCUAAGUUAAUUCUAGAAAGAUUUGAUCCAGAAUCAAAGAAGAUAAAAGAGCUUGAGACCCCAUCCACUGGAACACCUGUCACACCAAGGCCUGGGCAAGAUCUACGCCAGAGGACGGCAGCUCAAAGGAAUGUAAGUGUGUCUACACCAGUAAACCAGAGCCAGGGGUCUCCGCAAGUUCCAGUGAUAGUGGCGGCAACUCCAGGUCUUCAAAGGGACACUUCAGCUCCUGGUGGCCCCCCUGAGCGAACUGUUCAGUCAGCAGCACAAGCAAACGCCUUAGCGAGACGUCCUGGAACGCCUGCAAUAUCUGGAAUGGCUGUUCAUCCUCCCGGGCCUCCUUUAGCAAGACCAAUACUUCCAAGAGAAAGGGGUGCAUUGGACAGAGUUAUUGAAUACUUGGUUGGUGAUGGCCCACAAAACAGAUACGCCCUGAUAUGUCAGCAAUGUUUUUCGCACAAUGGAAUGGCUCUUAAGGAAGAAUUUGAAUAUGUUGAAUCCGUAAAAGAACCAGAGACCACAAGUGCUCAAGAAACAGAGAAGGUAGCAGAUGAAUCCUUAAGCAUUCAAAAGCAAUCGGAAGGACUACCUGAUGAGACCGAAAUAGAGAAAGCAACUGUCCAAGAAGACAAACCUCCAACUAUAAUUGCUGCUGAUGAAAGUGAAGUCUCCCUUAUGGAUACUGAAUGAAAUAACUGCUCCCUUUAUUUUAUGGCAGCUUUAUUCACACAAUAUAUUAUUCUAGUGAAAUUUCUUUUAGAAAUUACAAAUUUUAUAAAACUGCUAGAAUGCGGUGCUAUAUCUAUUGGAUCUCCGUAACUGCUUUCCACCAUUGAAUGUACAUUUCUUUUUUACUCCAAAAUUUGGCCCAGAACUUCCAUUUUAAAAAUAUAUAUUUAAAAUAAGCUUGCAAAUGUAUUUAUUUUACAUGGUAGGGUUGUAAAAAAAAGAAAGAAUUUUUCUAUCCUUGUGAAUGAGGGAUUUUUCUUGCCAAUAUUAAUAUUGAAUGUUUCUCCAACAUAGGUGUGUCCGGUCCACGGCGUCAUCCUUACUUGUGGGAUAU